CGGCAUGCUGGAUCCUAGUUCCCCGACCAGGAACUGAACCCAUGCCUGUGAUGUUGGAAGCACAGUGUCCUAACCACUGGAUCGCUAGGAAAGUUCCCAGACAUGCGUUAUCUUGCUUUUGCACCAAUAAUUGCCCUGGAAAUGAGAAUCCCCACUUAACAGAUGAGAAAACUGAGGUUAAGUUGCUCAAGCUCUGACAGCUGGGAAAGGAUGAAGCCUGGACUUUAAACCCAGGUCUAACUGAUUCUACAGUCCAGGCUCCUAAUCAUUAAACCACACUGCCUCCCAAUGCUGAGUGGGGCCAGCAGUGUGCCCCUGUGCUCCCGGAGCCUGGCUGAGGGGCCCAGCAAAGAGCCAGGGGCCACAGCAGACCAGCUCCAGGGCCUCACCUCCCAGAACUUAUGCUCUGCCAUCCCGCAAUCAGACUGAGGCCUGGGCUGUAGGACUAAGUCAAACUAAGACAGAAGGAAGCCAGGCUAUCCUAGAGAGGAAAGGACAGUAUGCAGGGCUCUGCCAAUGGUGAAUUCCCCUAACUCACCAAGUGCUUUCACAGGAGAUCCCUCCAGGCUUGUUCCUUCCUGGGAAUCACAAGGCCACUCUACCACUCCAUACCUAGUUGCCUGUGCACAAAGCAGCACUCUUUGGCAAAAACUAAAAACACGCCAAAGGUGCAUUAAAAAGGGACUGACUAUGGUGUGAGCAUGCUACGAAUACUAUAUUGCAGUGAAAAGAGGUGAGCUGGAGCACUCAAGAUCAAUAGCACCUCAAUUUGACACUCCAGAAUCCAGAUCAAGAAAUAUACAUGAAACCUGAUGAAUCCUGUUUAUAACUGUCAAUUACAUCUACAUAAAUUUCCUGAUAGUAUAUGUCAAUAUCUUUAAAGUAUUGUGCAGCCUUGGAUAAAUAAUGAUUUGCCAUUAUUUUAAUCCUUAAAAGUGUAGGACUGACUAUUUUCUAAGUCUCUCUUCCUUUAGGAAAAAAGGAUUAUUAUUUUUUAAAUUAUUAUUAUUUGGCUGCUCCAUGCAGCGCAUAAGAUCUUAGCUCCUCAACCAGGGAUUGAACUCAUGCACCCUGCCUUGGAAGCAAGGAGUCAUAACCACUGGACCACCAGGGAAGUACCCAGGAUUAUUUUUUUAACCUUGGUUUAAACCCUUUUAAAUCAUGAAAUAUUGCAUAACUAAUUGCUUCUCUCCUGUUUGAAAUCAAGGCCAUUGUUGAUUGAUUCCACCUUCUUUUUGUGUGAUGAACAAAUUAAAUAUGUCCCCUCAUUAUUAUAGUAGUUAAACUAAAAACAGGUGCCCUGACCAAUCUUAUUCAAUGUCAAUUAUUAUUUCAUCAUAGAGUAGUUAACUUGGGCAUAUUUUCUCCAAUAUUUAAAGAAUUAAGUUCUGAGGAGAAAGUGGUAUAAUUUCAUCAUUGAACGAUAUCUGCACCUCCUACCAUUAUUUUUUUUUCCAGUUAGAAUUACACAGUAAGAUUUAAACAGAUGAACACUUAAAUCAACUAAGACCAACUAUGAGUCAGCUAAACACGUCCUGACAUGGAAGGCUCUAAGGACACUGUUGAAUGAGAAAAAGCAAAUCACAGACAACUUGCCAUAACGUUAUCUCAUUUAUACCAUGUGUUUUCUAAGGAUACAAAUGUUUCUGGGAGUGCACAGGGACCAAGUCUGGAAGGACACAUGACCCUUGGGGAGCAGUUACAGGGACUCCAGCUUUAUGUUUCCAUUUCUCAUAAAGAGAAUGUAUUGUUAUAUAAUUGGUGUAAGUAACAGUUAAUUUUUAAACAGUCACAAAAAUACCACAAGGCCAUUUAUUACUUUAGGCUGGUGCGGGUUAACCUACUCUUGAAACAUCAUCACAUUAACUUUUAGUUACUGAUUGCUGAGUUUUUUUUUUUUUUUUUGGUCACACUUCUGCUCAAAAGUCACUUGGCUCCCCCUUGCCUCAGGAGUAAGAUCCACCUUCUUAGCCUGGCCCCAGCCAAGGUGAGCUUGUGCUGUUCACAUCACCCUGGCACACCGAAGCACUCUGGGAAGGCCCCUGCCAGGCCUCUGCUUACGGAGUUCCCAUAUUCAGAAUGCUCUCCACCUGCCUGCCUCUCUCCCUACCCAAGUCCUAAUCACGGUUCAAGGCCCAGCUGUGACCUCUCUGCCUUCGUGGCCAGACCUCAACCAUUCCUGGUCCCCACUUGGCCUUUAGCCUUGGAUUUCAGCCUUUUCUCUUAAGAUAUGAAGAACACUGACACCUCCUUUAAAGUGCAAUUAUUGCUGAGGAGUGGGCACUUUUAAACUUUACUGUGUCAAAGGUUAUAGUAUAAGACUGUAAAACAGUCCUGUAAGCAGAUACUAUAAUUAUUACUUCCUUUUUAAGAGCUCAGGCUCAGAGCUGCCCAAGGGCACACAGCGAGCUAACGGUGGAGCUACUAAUUACAUGUUGACAUAGCUCCCAGUAAGGCUGAAAUCCCACAAGAGCAGAGACCACAACUAUCUUGUUCACUCUGGCAUGGCUGACAUUCACCAGUUGCUAAACAAAUAUGAAUUAAAUGAUUAAUGCCCACAAGCAUCUUGAGACAUAAAUAUUGAUACUUUCUUUAGAAAAUGAUAGUAGCAAACAUUUAGCCCACUUGCCAGGCUCCCACUAUGUGGUCCCAUGGAUGGUUCCAUUUAGCAGCAGCAAUCAUCCUAGGUGGCAGGUAUUUUGUUAUUACUGUCAUGAGGAUGAGCCUCAAAGGAGUUAAAUGAACUCCCCAAGGUCACACAGCAAAUGAGGAUCUGAUUCAGGCCUGCGUGGGGGCCCAACCUCCCUCAUUUUCAUCACCCACUAUACUCUAUGUCUCUUCUCCGGGCUGCUGGCUCUGUCCUAUUUUUCAGGGAAAGAAACUGUGGACAGUGAGAUGACCCUCUUGGUAUCACUCAGCGAAGCAGCAAGUGCGGGUUCUGGGAACCCAGGAAGGGUCCACCUGUACCUCCCCUCCUUUCCCCAACCCCCUCUCCCGCCAUCACCGUGAGCAAGUCCCGCGGCGUUUGUCUUGACGCUUACCCCGCACACUUGUAGGCACUGCGUGGGAGUUAUUGGGCACAGCCUCCCGGAGGGUCGUGAUGAGGGAGGCGGCCACUCUUUGCAGGGGUCCAUGAGUCAUUUGAGGGACUGCCUGGCCGCCCCCAGACGGUGGCACUGCCCACCACUGUCAGGGUCCCGGGCACACACCGGAGCAGUGGAUGAGGCGGAGUGGGUGGGAACAUUGUGAGAAGCUUCGCGACUCCAUCCAGAUGCGAAGUGUCCCUCCCACAUUUCCCCCGGCAGCAGGGACCUCCAUUAGAGCCCCCCAGAGGAGUCAGAAUCCACACCUCCGCAAAUGGGCCCGCUUUCCCAGGGCCCCCCUGCCCAGACCUUCUCUGGGCUCUGUGGGUUUUUACACCUCUCCGCAACCUGGCGGGGGUCCACCUCGCACCUUUGGUCCGAAUAAAAGCUCAGUCCUGGAGGUGGCCGGCCCGGCCUGCCUCGAGGAGCCCGCAGCCAGCCCCGGCUAUGGCCCAGUCCCCUCCUCUGCAGAGCCUCCUCGGCCACGACCACUGGAUCUUCCCUCAGGGCUGGGGCUGGGUCGGCCACUCGGAUUCCACGUCCCCGGCCUCCUCCUCCUCGGACUCGUCCGGCUCGUGCCCCUGCGACCGCGCCCGCGGGCCCUCGCAGCCGGCGGCCGCAGCCCGCAGCGCCGCCGAGGCCGCCUCGACGGCACCGAACCGGGCGCGCACCCGGCCGGCGGGCGGACAGCGGCAGAGCGCCAGCGAGCGCGAGAAGCUGCGCAUGCGCACGCUCGCCCGCGCCCUCCACGAGCUGCGCCGCUUUCUGCCUCCGUCCGUGGCGCCCGCUGGCCAGAGCCUGACCAAGAUCGAGACGCUGCGCCUGGCCAUCCGCUACAUCGGACACCUGUCGGCCGUACUGGGCCUCAGCGAGGAGAGCCUGCAGCGCCGGCGCCGUCAGCGCAGUGACGCGGCGCCCUCUCGGGGCUGCGCGCUGUGCCCCGACGGCGGCCCCGCGGAGGCGCAGAGGCAAGGCUGCUGCUCCGGCUCGGCCGCCGGUGCCGCUGUGUCCUGGGGGUCCCCGCCCGUCUGCCCCGAGGCCCUAGCGGCGCCCGAGCGCCUGGGGAGCAGGGUCCCCGACAUGGGACCCUGGCUGACACCCCCUUACUGCCCCGGGAUGCAGUCGCCCCCGCAGCUCUCUCUAGGAAGAGCCCCUGAUGCGGCCCUUUGGACGCCGCCUCAAGCCUGUUGUGGAACGCAGACACCCCCAGAGCCCCGGAACCAGCCCACGCCCUGGACAUCGCCCCGCGCUUCUCUGGAGCUGGCUACAGUGUACCAGAUCCCGGGCUACCUAAUCCUGAUUAGGGAUGGAGAGGAGCUGAAGCGGAGGGAUGAAGAGGACCGUAACCUCCUUGGGGAGAGGGGUUGGGCCCUGGGAAGUUAAGUCCACUCCCACCUCUACCUAAACGCCUUCACAGCCAUGGGGAGGAGGGGGGAAUCUUAAGACUUGCUUUCAGAGUACAGGGUGGAAGGUAGCGGGGGCCUUCAGGAAAUUCCCUCCUGGUGCUCCGUAUUGCCGGGAGGUGGGGGACAGUGAGAAUAGAGGGGAGGCAUGACUACCCCAGGGGGAGGGGCUCCCUAAGUAGAUGGGCUUGGAACUGGUGACCUUCAUGUUUUCCUCAAGCUGCCGUAAAAGAGCAUAUUAAUAAACGAGAUUUACUGAAUGCUUACUGUGUGCCCAACCCCAUUCUUGGUACUUUACAUGUAUUAACUCAUCAGCCCUGUGGCAACCCUGUGAAGUGGGCUUUGUUGUCAUCAUCACCGUUUUAUAGAGGAAAAAACUGAGACUAAAAGAGGUUAUCCACGAGUUCUCACAGCUAGUGAGUAGCUGAGCUGGGAUUUGAACCUGGCAGUGUAUCUCCAGAGCCUGUACCCUUAACCAUUGUGCUUCAGUGCAUCUAUGGCCUCAGGGCCCUUCAGCAGCUGCCAGCCACACUAUGGGCAACCUUCAGGUUCUGGAUUUCAGGGCCUGAGGCAAUGGCCCACUAACCUGCUGCUCUUCUCUC